GGAAACCCUGUGCAAUCAGGAACGCUGCUCACUUUACCGGCGUCUGUAGCGAUUCAUGAGUACGAAUGAGUUGUUUUUCUUCCAGCAGCGGUUAGAUAAGAAAAUAUAAACGUUGUUCGAGUUAUUCGUGCCCGAAAAUGUUGUGUUUAAGCGGGUUGUCGGUGGCUCUCGCGCUCUCUCUCGUGCCCGGUCCCGCUGAUGCCCUGAAAGACGGAGAGUGUGAAGUGUGUAUUUCCUUCCUGGGGAAGUUUUACCAAUCGCUAAAAGACAACAACGUAAAGUUCAACGCCGCAGACAUCGAGAACGCCAUCAUAAAGAGCUGCAAAGAGGCUAAAGGCAAAGACAACCGCUUUUGUUACUACAUCGGGGCAACGAGCGAUGCAGCCACCAAGAUUAUCAACGAGGUGUCCAAGCCUCUGAGCUACCACGCCCCAGUGGAGAAGAUCUGCGAGAAACUCAAGAAGAAGGACAGUCAGAUCUGUGAGCUGAAAUAUGACAAACAGCUGGACCUGAAGAAGCUUAAAGUGAAGGACCUGAAGAAGAUCCUGGAGGAGUGGGGCGAGUCCUGCAAAGGCUGCGCCGAAAAGUCCGACUUCAUCCGCAAAAUCACAGAGCUAAUGCCCAAGUUUGCUCCCGCAGCCGCCAGUGCACGGACAGAUCUGUAACGGGGAACAAACGCACAACGCAACACACGCACAACACACACACACAACUUUGGACUUGGCCAAGACUGCUAUCCAGCUCUCCCAACUUUACCCUGGUUUCCAUGACGUCCUGUCGAAGAGAAAAGGCUCACCGAUUUUUUUCGAGUUAGGUCUUAAAACAAUGUUGACAUACGAACAUCAAAAGAAACAGUCGCUGCAACUCCUCUCGUCCAAAAAAACAGAAGAGUUCUCUUCUAAUGUAAUCCCAAAGUAACAGAUUGAGGACAAAAAAAGAGUUUAUCUGAAGUUAACAGCAAAAUAUUAGAGCACAUUUUGACAGAGGACUUUGUUUUGUCCCCAGAAUGAACAGGAACAACAGUUACAGCAACUGAAAACGGUUUCCAUGUACACGUGAGCGUUGUAUUAAAGGGUAACUGCUGUUUUUGUUUUUUCUCAACCCUA